AAUUAAACGACUUGGCAGGGAAUAUCCUAGUCUCCGUCUGUGAUCUAGAGCUAGUUCGUUUUCUAAUCGAGUAAUUAUGAUGGUGUUUAGAUUUCAAAACAAGACAUGUGCAUCAUCGGGCUAGGCUAAGCACGUCCACACUUGUCACCUUCGCUCUAGUAUAAACGGGGCAUUCUCACAUACUCUUUUGUCUUCCAACUCUAAAGCUUGCAAUGAUGUGCUGCUGCAUAUGCUGAGUGUCUGGCUUCUUCCUCAACAUCAAAAGGAGCAAGUGUUUUCGUAAUACUCACAAACUGGGGAAAAGGGAAUUAUGGGAGGAUCGUCAGGAUCUUCGCCGUGCGCUUCGUGCAAGCUGUUGAGACGCCGCUGCUCCAAGGAUUGCAUCUUCGCUCCGUAUUUCCCACCCCACGACCCUCAUAAGUUUGCCAUUGUUCAUAAGGUCUUUGGUGCCAGUAAUAUCAGCAAAAUGUUGCAGGAACUUCCGGUGAAUCAGAGAGGAGACGCGGUGAGUAGUUUAGUGUACGAGGCGAAUGCAAGGGUGAGAGACCCGGUAUAUGGGUGCGCAGGCACGAUAUCUUACUUGCAGAAUCAACUAUCCCAAUUGCAGCUUCAGCUUGCAGCGGCCCAAGCAGAAGUCCUUACGAUGCAAAUGCACCAAAAACCCCAUCUUGCAGAACAAGAGAGUGAGAUGUCUUUUCUCAUGGCUGGGGACGACUUCAACAGUAUCUCGCACUACAUUGCCGUUGCUUCUAAUUUAUCUGCCACUGUAAUGGAGGAUCCUCUUACGAGAUAGUCCUUUUCGACUUAACUUCUCUUGUGGUUAUUAGAAUGACAAGUUCCACUUGUUUUACAGUCAUAA